AUGAGGCUAUGCUAUAUAAAGGUUCUUCUUGUUCUAGACGAUGUGGAUAAUCCAAAGCAGCUUGAGGUGUUAGCUGGUGAUUGGUUUAAGGACAGAAGUAGAAUCAUCAUUAAAACAAGAGACGAGAAAGUGAUGCUAGCACAUGGAUUGAAUGCGAAGUGGAUUCAUGAUGUCGAUUUCUUGUCGGAUGAGGAAGCAAUGAGGCUGUUUAGUAGGUAUGCAUUUAAGAGAUAUAUUCCAGAUCAAGGGUUUGAAAAGUUGUCAUCAAAAGUAGUACGUUAUUCUGCUGGUCUGCCCUUAACGAUCAAAGUUUUGUGUUCACAUCUUUGUAGUGAAGAAGUGGUUGUAUGGAUAGAUGCACUAAAAAGACUAGAAACAAUUCCAUCACUGGAAACUCUAGAGGUAUUUCAAAUAAGCUAUGACGGCCUGGAGGAUGAUCUCAAGGAAAUAUUCCUAGAUGUUGCAUGCUUCAUGGUUGGUUUUCCUAAAGAUGAUGCAAUUAGAGCAUUUGAUAGCCGUGGAUUUCGUGGUAUCUACGGUUUAAGAGUUCUUGAGAAAAAUCUCUCAUAA